GUAUGAACGAACAUUAGUUUCUUUUCCGUUCUUUCUUUGAAAAUAAUGUUAUAAAACAAUAAAAUAGUUUGACCUUGAUCGUUUUAAAUAAAAAAAAAUAAUAUUUUUAUUCUCCUGGAAAUAAAUUGUCAAAUUUCAGUCUAAUUACCAUUCGAGGGGUGUAUACGACACAUAACCUGAAAAUUGUUCUUUUUUUUUGACGUUUAUUGUCGCAAGGGAAUUCGACACAACGGAUGCGCGCUGAUUGAUCAUAAAUAUCGUGAACAAGUGAUUUUUCUUCAAUUUUAAAAGUUUUUUUCCCCCCUCAACGUGUUUGGAUAUUGAAGCGUCCUUUUUUUUCAAUCAUCAGAGGAAAUAAUUUGGUCACAAUGGCUAAUCGGGGUACAGCCCAAAGGCCAAAUGGCACACAAGGCAAAAUUUGUCAGUUUAAAUUGGUAUUACUUGGCGAAUCGGCGGUGGGAAAAUCGAGUCUUGUUUUGAGGUUUGUCAAGGGACAAUUCCACGAAUAUCAAGAAAGUACAAUAGGUGCUGCAUUUUUAACACAAACAGUAUGUUUGGACGACACGACUGUAAAAUUCGAGAUUUGGGAUACUGCCGGUCAGGAACGUUACCACAGUCUUGCACCAAUGUAUUAUCGUGGAGCGCAAGCAGCCAUUGUGGUAUAUGACAUAACAAAUCAGGACACAUUUGUACGAGCUACAACGUGGGUUAAAGAAUUGCAACGACAAGCCAGUCCAAGUAUAGUAAUAGCAUUAGCAGGAAAUAAAGCAGAUCUUGCGAAUAAGCGAGCUGUUGAAUUCGACGAAGCUCAAACUUACGCUGAAGAGAAUGGACUUCUCUUUAUGGAAACAUCCGCUAAAACGGCGAUGAACGUAAACGAUAUAUUCUUAGCUAUUGCUAAAAAACUUCCAAAGAGCGAGCAAACAGGAAAUGCGAGUACAAGUGGACAAGGGCGCCGACUAGUCGAAACAGAAGGGCAGAAAGCAACUACCGGCAAUUGCUGCAAGUGAUUGACCAAAUCCGUAUGUGUCCUAUAUAUUCAUACUGAUAUGUACGAUAUUCCAGAAAAGUAAAAAAAUCCAAAAUGUGUCCACAUUGACUUUUAAUGGAACUUACGCGAAGAAAUGCAACUUCAAACAGUGGGAGGUGAUUUGUGCAUCAUGAACAUUUUUUGUGAAUGAAUGAGGAGAAAAAAAAAAUAAAUGUCUCAUAUUCGAUGAUAUAUCACCAAUUUUUGAGAGGGAGAGAGAGAGAGGGAGAGAAAAAGAGAGAAAGAAAGAAAAAAAAAAGAAAAAAAAAGCAAGAUCUGGUCUUGUUUAUUUCGACGGAUCUCUCGUUUGUAAUUCUAGUAGUAAAUGGGCGGUGUUCGUUAUAAAUAUAUAAAUAUAUAAUGAAACAUAGGUGAUAUGAUUUUGUGUAAUAAUAAGCAUAAUGAUAUUGAUAACAAUAAUAAUUAUACAAUUAAUUAUACGGUAAUAACAUUUAAAAAAAAAUGGACUUUUUUGGCACGCGACUCUUGUAAGAUAGUAGAGGCCAUUCCUCCUGCUAUUAUUAUUAUACAUAAAUUUUCUUUGUUAGAUAAAUCGUGUAUGACACUUAUACUCUAAAGUAUAUUGUAUAUUAAUUUUAUUGAUAAAUCCUGAUAAAUUAUGAACAAUUAUUAUACAAGGGAAAGAAUAAACUUGUGAAUAUUAUAAAA